UCCAUGCUGUUAUGGCUGGGAAAGAGGAGGAUUAAUGAAGACUAUUUCUUAAGUCAGCGCUGGAAGCAUUCUAAAACACGGGAACAGCGUUCGCUGAGUUUUCCCAGCUCUCUGCCUCCCCUCGCUAGCUCCUUUCCCUGGCCCAGAAGGCUCUGCCCUAGGGUUUCCAUCUCCUUCUCCUCUCCUGGGGAGCCUACAGCCUAGGCGAGAGGUGGUUAAGGCUUCUGGCUGCUCUGCAGUAGGGCCAUCUGUGUUUGAUCAAUCCAGGCGGAAAGGAGGGGGUGGGGACUGUGAAGAGACUGAAAGCAUUCCAGAGUAGUGAGAGAGACCCGAGAUCCAGAAAGGGGGGAAGCCCCGCCCCCACCCCGCCUCCAGAGCCAACCCGCGGGCUUCAGUGGGAGAGGCGCCUGCACACGACUGCCCACUCCGACCGUGGCCCUCCUGGCCCUCCUGCCCCGCUGCCAUGGGACCCUGCGCUCCUCUCCUCGUCUUGCUCCUUUUGUCCUGGUCGGGACCCCUUCGGGGACAGCAGCACCACCUGGUGGAGUACAUGGAACGCCGACUAGCCGCCCUAGAGGAACGGCUGGCCCAGUGCCAAGACCAGAGCAGCCGGCAGGCUGCUGAGCUUCGAGACUUCAAGAACAAGAUGCUGCCACUGCUGGAGGUGGCCGAGAAGGAGCGGGAGGCCCUCAGAACUGAGGCUGACACCAUCUCAGGGAGAGUGGACCGUCUGGAGCGGGAGGUUGACUAUCUGGAGACCCAGAACCCAGCUCUGCCCUGUGUAGAAGUUGAUGAGAAGGCGACUGCAGGCUCGGGGACCAAAGGCAAGGGCAGGAGAAAUGAGAAGUACGAUAUGGUGACAGACUGUGGCUACACCAUCUCUCAGGUGAGAUCAAUGAAGAUUCUGAAGCGGUUUGGUGGCCCAGCUGGUCUAUGGACCAAGGAUCCAUUGGGGCCCACAGAGAAGAUCUACGUGUUAGAUGGGACACAGAAUGACACAGCCUUCGUCUUCCCAAGGCUGCGUGACUUCACUCUCGCCAUGGCUGCCCGGAAAGCUUCCCGAAUCCGGGUGCCCUUCCCCUGGGUAGGCACAGGGCAGCUGGUAUAUGGCGGCUUUCUUUAUUACGCCCGGAGGCCUCCUGGAGGACCUGGAGGGGGUGGCGAGUUGGAGAACACUUUGCAGCUCAUCAAAUUCCACCUGACAAACCGAACAGUGGUGGACAGCUCCGUGUUCCCAGCGGAGGGUUUGAUCCCCCCAUAUGGGCUGACAUCAGACACCUACAUUGACCUGGCCGCUGAUGAGGAGGGUCUUUGGGCUGUCUAUGCCACCCGGGAGGAUGACAGGCACUUGUGUCUGGCCAAGUUAGACCCACAGACACUGGACACCGAGCAGCAGUGGGACACACCAUGUCCCAGAGAGAACGCUGAGGCCGCCUUUGUCAUCUGUGGGACCCUCUACGUCGUCUAUAACACCCGCCCUGCCAGUCGGGCCCGCAUCCAGUGCUCCUUUGAUGCCAGCGGCACCCUGACCCCUGAAAGGGCAGCACUCCCUUAUUUCCCACGCCGAUAUGGUGCCCAUGCCAGCCUCCGCUAUAACCCCCGGGAGCGCCAGCUCUACGCCUGGGAUGAUGGCUACCAGAUUGUCUAUAAGCUGGAGAUGAGGAGGAAAGAGGAAGAAGUUUGAGGAGGUCAACACAUUUCAGGCCAGGCAAAGACGACCCAGACCCAGAGCUCUGACCCUCGGAUGGGGGCAACCCCUGUCAACAGGCAACGGAGUAUUUCUUGCGUCAGUUCGAGUCAGAGGAGAGAAGAGUAGUAGGAGAAGGAGACUUUUAACUCUGCCCUCUUGCCCUUCUCCCUUGAGUGGCCUAAAGAAUGGGGCUUUUUCCACCUCGUUUUGUAUUGCAACAUUUUGCAUUAAAAGGAAAAUCCACUGCU